AUGAGCAACCUGUCCCUUGUGAACAUGGAUGCCGUGGCGUCGCGUAUCUGGCAGUUUUGGAGCGGCCCCAAGUUGCCGCUGGUUGAGUGCCUGGUUGCAAUUUUUUGCAUACCAUCGGUCAUUCUCCCAGUCAUCAACUGGGCCCUGUACGACGCCGACCGGUUGACACAGUUCCUUAUGUGGGCUGUGUUGGUUAUCUUCAUGCACACCUUUGGUGUACAUAAGAUGCCAGUGGUCAAACUCUCGGCAAUCUUGAACGUCACCCUCAUGUAUACUUGGGGAGUACUCGCGUACGAACCUUGGGGCAUGCAGUGGGGCGAGCGUCCAGAUGGUUGGGAUGGUUGUUUUGACGACCUCCUCCGACUCUGGUUCCUCGUGAGCGUUCCCGCUCUGUUCUUGAUUGUUGUUGAUGGGUUAAAGACCACCAACCUGGCUCUCACCCUCGCUGGCGCAGUGUCUCGCAAAGGAUUCGCCAAUGGCUUUCGCCUUGUCUUUCCCGAGCUGAGUUCACAGCAACAGCCGGCCGAUUCGAAUGAGCAAGGCGGAGACGGCUCCUCGGGAUCGGACUCUGAGUCUAGCGACGACGAGUUCCUCGAUACUGAUUCCUUGGAUUGCCGACCCCUCUCCGACCUGGAGGAUGAGCAGUGUGCUGAUGCCACUGUCUCUCAGGCCCCUGCUGGUCAGGAAUGCCAACCUCCUUCGCCUCAUCAAUCGCCUCCUCGUCACCCACCUUCUUCUUACCGAUCAUCGUCUCCCUCCCGAUCGUCUUCUCCCCGACGAUCUAUUACUCCUGGAACGCUCAAUCUUCGCUAUUUUGGCAAGAGAAAGCAGAUGCCGAUUACAGGCACACAGGCAGAGCUGGAGAAGCUGAAUGCUUCCGUUGACCGCUUGACUAGUUAUGUCAAGACGGCAUUCGGAACAUUGGGCGACCAGAUCUCAUCACUUGAGUCCAAAGUAGAUGGAAUUAUUCGUCGAAAGGACGCGCAACUCGCCGAGUCUGAUGACAAGGUGACACAGUUGCAGACAGAGGUGCAAGAUCUGCGUCGUCAGUUGGACGAGCCAGCUCAGGAAUUGAGGCAAAGGAACUUGCGUUUGGAGCGUGAAGUCCUGAACCUCUUGAUCCGGCAGCGAGUUCUCGAAGCGUUACGCGAGCAGGAUGCUUUGCAGGCGCAGAGAGAUAUCGUGGCACUGUCCAACCAGCUGGAAGAAACGACGAGUACCUCACCGAGGGCCUCUGCUGCGCUUCAGGAGCCAGUACGCCCGGAGGAGGUAGCUCUGAUUAUCGAAAAGGAACCAGUCUGCACAGCAGAGGAAGUUUCUCUAGAAAAGGAGCCCGUUGUGAUGACCGUGGAUACACAGUCACAGACAACAGAGGAACAACAGAAGACGGAAGUUACCGCAGUUGUUCCGGGAACCGGGGCAGAGGAACCUUGUUUGGAGAUGACCAACAAGGUGCUUGAUCGUCUGGAUCAGGAAGAGGACGAGCUUUUGCUCGCGUCUCAACCCGUGACAGCGAUGGCCACUGUGGAAGAUCCCACCCCCAUCAGUACUCCCCAGCUACAAGCUGUUGCUAGUCCUAGCCAGCCUGCAGCCAUUGAGCUCCAAUCUGGAGUGGGCGAGAUCACUGUGGGAGCGGAGUCGACCGUCGUGUCCCUGCCCCAGGAGCAGAACGAAAGCCAGGCCCACGACACUCCCCAGCGGGAGGUCGUUCACCAAUCGGACCCGAUGAUCUUCUCGUAUGAGGAGGACAUCACUAUGGGCGAGAUUCAAGCGGCUAACGUGCUUACGGACAUACCAAUCCGUGCCUCUUCUCCUUCGCCGGCGGUUGUGGAAGCUGACCCCAUGUUGGAGGAUUCAGCUUCCAUUCAUUCUCACGAGAGUAUCGAGUGGGAAGAAACCCAACCGGCUGGAGAUCAGCGCAUGUGGGAGGAAAGUUCCAUCGGAAACGGCGAAGAGGACAUCGAGCUUCCAGACCGUCCUGAUGACACUGUGACAGGCCCAUUCUUGAAUGGAUCACCUAAUACAGAGAUGACGGAUGUGUUUGUGCUCCCUCAAGCCUUACCGACCUCGUUCGUGCCCCCUCAAGACUUCUUGGACUCGUUUGCGCGCCUUCAGGUUACUCGGGCCUCGUAUGAGGAAUCACCAGUGCCAGUUGCCGUGUCGCAAGAUCUGGACGCCAUCCUAGAGGAAUCUGAUCCUGAGCUGGAGGACGGCUAUGGCUGCCCACCGGGGACGGAGCAAGAGACCGCAGUUCCAGAACGUGUCCUUGAAGACUUGGGUCCGAAGAUUGAUACCAAGCCCGAGACCGAAGCCAGAGAAGCCCCUGUUGACGCUGGUCCUCAGCAGGUGGUGGACUGUGCCGAGGUGGAGGAGCCCAGCGUUGAUAACUUCAAUGUUCCCAACACCAGUGAACCAGGAGUGAUGGCCCCAGUUCACGCUGACGACCUCGACCCGCUCGACAUCCUGGAGAAGGACCUGCAUAUUAUUUCCAAGGGACCCGAGACGCGCGAGCCUCUCCCCUCUGCAGCUCCAGAAGAUGACGCGGCCGAGCCUGUUCUGUCAGCAACCUCAGAGGCUGAGGCACAGUUGCUUGCGGAUUACGAGAUGCUAUUGCCUCUCGUCGCUGCAACUGCUGCCGACAGUGACAACGAAUUGGACGUGGAUGCUCAACUUGAGACGGACCUAUAUGCAGCGUUCGACGAGAUCGAGCAGGGAGGAUUUAUCCUCCCCGCCGUCCCGAACCUGCCGGCCACUCUUGGGACAGCACCUGUUCCAUCGUUAUUUAAACAGUUCGAGGAUCCGAGCAGCGUGGCGUUUUCUUUUGGAGAGUCAACAACACCUGCCGACCAAGCAACUGCGUUUUCCGGGGCCGAUACCACGGGAGCUUCGGCGACCAAGUUGGUAGCCCGCAUGGCAGGAGAGACUAGCCGACCCAAGGCAGUCGACACUGCCUACUACGACGACGACAAUGUGCCUCUGUCUGACGGCAAGAUACUUGUCCUUCCGGAGACGCCGAGACUCGCCACGGCGGAGGAGAUGGCUCGUCGCAAGACGAGCCAGAUGCCGCGACGGUCAAAGCCCUCCAAGUAG